CAACCCCAAAUGGCAUCCCGUGAAGUUGAUGAUGCAGAGCUGGGGUCAGCCUCAGCCCAUGGUAUCCCAGGCAGUGAGGCAGGACCAGACGGGGUGAAUAAUUCUGUCUACCAGCCCAUUGAUGGAUCACAAGACUAUCAGAAAGGAGAACUACAAUUCCUUGGGGCCAUCCAGAUCCUGAAUGCAGCAAUGAUUCUCACUUUGGGCAUCUUUCUGGGUUCCUUGCGAUACCUGUUCUACUUCAACAGGCACUUCUGUUUCUUCACCUUCUACACAGGCUACCCAGUUUGGGGUGCUGUGAUUUUUUGUAUUUCAGGAACCUUGUCUGUUGUAGCAGGGAGAAAACCCACAAGAACACGGAUGCAACACAGUUUUGGGAUGAACAUUGCCAGUGCUAUGAUUGCAUUAGUGGGGACUGCUUUUCUCUCAGUGAAUUUAGCAGUUAAUGUCCAGUCAUUAAAGAGUUGUCAGUCCUCACCAUCACUGGACUUAUGUAUUUACAUGGGCUCCAUAUCAAAUGGCAUGGUGUCUCUACUGCUGAUUCUCACCUUCCUGGAAUUGUGCAUAAACAUCUCUACCUAGGCCCUGUGGUGUAAUGCAAACUGCUGUGAUUCCAGAGAGGUGAGGUUUUUCAAAUGACUGAUUAUUCACAUGUUCUUAAAGCCUCCCUCUAGGAUUUGAAGUUGUUUUUGACUUUUAAACCUUUACGUGGUAAUGAUUUGUGGAGUUCUUGGAGUUAGGGAUUGUAUGAGUGUUAGAGAUGGAAUGAAGGCUAAAAAAGAAUUUGGAUGUGAAAAUGCAAGAGGAAAUACUGUAUUUAAUAUAUAAGAGCACACAUUCCCACCUUGAAAAGAUGGCCAUUGAAGUUGGAGGUUAUACAAGGUAUACAGGUACAGCUGGAAUUAAGUUUGAUUAUUUUCUAAUAACUUGCGACUUUCUACCUAUGUAACCUAGGAAAAAUGAAUAAUUCUUUCUAAAUUUUAGAUAUAUUAAGGGUAAAAUAAAAUAAUAUUUUCAUUCUCUUCUGAUGUUUGUUGUGAGGACUGUGUACAUAAUCUUUACAGCAUUUGGCACAGUAAUAAUCAGUGAAUGGAUUUUAUGGUUGAUGAUUAUGAUGAUAACAGAAGGGGAUGGGAGGAGAAGGAGAUGAUGAUCCUGUUCUCGGACAUUAAUGCUGUUUUAUUUUCCAGGCGAUUUCCUCAUCUCCCAAUUCUGUGGAAUCAAGAAUACCUCCUUAUAAAAAUAAUUCUGAGAGCAUGAAUAUUUGACCUUAAAUCUCCAGUGACUCAGAGAUUUACCCACAAACUCAGGAGAACAUGAGCCUGCCUGUCAAGCUCGAUCUUUCUAUCAUGUCACCAAUCACAAGAACCCUGGACAUGUGACUGACUCUAUCCUUUCUCUCCUUACUGUAAAUCCUCCUAGUGUGUUGUGGGUAUAGAAGGACAGAUAGAUCUCUUCAGACAUUCUUGGAUUUGUAACUUCUAUGAUCAUUACUCCAAAGUUGUUUCAGAAAUUGGUUCUAUUUUUUUCUUACCCACCUACUCCAUUGCUUUAUGAAGUUUAAGGAAGGAAGUUAGUAUAAUACCUAUUUAAUACAUUUUUCCUGAAAUCCAACUUCUGACCACCCAGUAGGAAGAAAAUUGAGACUUUUUUUUUCAUUACAGAGAAAUGCUUCUUGACUUUAGCUAACAUUAGCAUUACAAAAAGUGUCAAAUGAAAGAAUUACCAUCACUGUCAUGAAGACAAAUUUUCACCGUGUUUGAGGUGGGAGGGAUAAGGCUCAGGGAUUUUAUUUCAGUGAACUGCUGGAAUUCACACAUGCCCUGAUAUGUAAAUGAUGAUUUAUGUUGGUGAAGCUGAGAGCAAGCCCAAAUGUGUUCUUCAAAGGACAAUGGGAGACUGUAAAGUAGAGAAGCAAAGAACAAGGCCUUUAGAAUCUGACAGAUCUGGGUUCAAAUUCUGAAACUGUAGCUUAUUACCUGUAUGAACACGGUACCUAAUCUCUCUGACCUAUUUUUCCACAUCUGUAAAAUAGAUAUAAUACAGACAACUACUUUGUCAGCUGCUAUGAGAGUUAAAAGGAAAUGAAAAGAUGUGGAACA